AUGGAUGCCGACCGGACGCGACAUACCUGCCACUGUGGCAAGAGUUUCGUUCGCAGAGAGCACCUGCGAAGACACCAGGCCACACACGGCGAGCGUCAACAUGUCUGUUCGAUCUGCCAACGGCCCUUUACUCGAAGCGACUUGUUAAAACGCCAUCUCUCCACGCACACUGCUUCAGAGCAGGGCCCAUUGAGGACAGUGCAGGCUUGUGAUGCCUGCUACGAAAACAAGACGAAAUGUGAUGGUGGGGAACGAUGUUCCCUUUGCACUAGACGCGGCAUCACAUGUAUCGUUUCACGCGGCAGACCCUCAAACCAGAAGGCGGGGCCUACAGAAGAGGAGGACGCCAUUGUGUCAGAGGAUGUAGACGGUAUUCAUGAGGUCAAUUAUGUUCAAGAGUGCCAAGAUACAUCCGUGAAACAGAGGUCCUUUUUUGACGAAGACACUUCUCACCUCAGCAGCGAUGGCCUAGCACGGGCUGGAAUGAGCCAAAUUCUCGAACUUUUACGAGCAGCUUCUGCAUGCAAAGACACCCCCACGCUAUCUGUCUCUGACUCCGUCAGGAAGUGGGUUUCAUUGUGUACUGAGGCCUACUUUGGGCCAUUUCACGAUCGAUGGGCCCUUAUCCAUGCUCCUCUAUUUGAUGAAACAGAAGACGACCUGUUCAUCGUUUCUACCGUUGUGAUGAUCGGAUCGAUCCUGCGUGAUAAAGUUUCGAUCGUUCGCGAUUUAACCCUAGAGGUUCACAGUCAUCUACAUGACUACUGCAUAAAAUCUCUUACUGCCACGCAAGAUGAGGAUCUAAAAGACUCCAUUUGGCCUUAUGAGACUUAUCAGCUAGCGCUCCUCAAUAUCAUCGCAGCAUUAGAACUUGGGAAACCAAGCGCUAUUCGGAAUGCAAACAGACUUCUAAGCUUCAUCAUAAUAUCUAUGCGAGAGAACAACAUAUUUAGCGCUGAAUCUGUGGAACGCCACCAAUCUAAGCAUUUCCCUGGGACUUUUGGCCCUUGGAUAUACAUGGGGCGUGACCGAUGGAGAUGGCAAGCUUCUGUGAUUCUUCAGCUAGAUGCGUACAUGUCGCUUUUUACCUCCCACCCUCCAUUUCUGCGGCUCGAGGAGCUUGAUCUCGGCUUGCUCGCCACAUACACUCUUCGUAAUUCACACGGACUGGAUAUGUUCUUCCAGCGCGUGCCUUAUGAGCCAAAGGACAGGCAACGGACAAAAAUUUCAGACGUGGCACAAAACCCACGGGGACUGCCCGCCUCAGGACCUUUGGUAGAAGACAUCCAAAUGGGCUUGUCCGGCAUCGUAACAAGGCUGUGGGUGUGGAGGCGGAACGUGCAACCCUCGUCCACCCCCUCACCUACCGAGGUUGAAGAGAGACUUCAGAUUGAAAAUGAGCUCGACGAGUGGGAAAGUAAGAUAUGCCAACUAUUUGAGUUAUUGCAAGCCCCGGAGACCAAUCCCCAGGCGGUUUCGUUCCUCUUCCACGCCUAUACUGGUAAAGAGGAUCCAAGAAAAGACGGCUGGGAAGGGCCAGUUGUGGCCAGAAUAUCUGAUCUUUUGUUCGACAUCUCCAUGUUUUAUUACUGCCUCGGUCUGCAUCUCUUUGCUGCAGCUCCAGUCAUACACCAUGUUGGCGCCAUGUCAACGGAAGAUGAUGAAACGCGGGCUUUGCUCCUACAGUGGACGUCUUCAAGUUCAGCGAGGCAAGCUUCCGAUGACCAAGCUUUGUUUAACUACGGCAUGCGUCAUCCUUCACGCCUGGGUCACGAGUCCUCAUCGCACUUGCACAUGCCACCUUGGCAAUGGCGCGACUAUGCCGAAUGUCGACCUCAAUGA